AUGUCUCAAUUAUUUGCAAAUGUUAAGGAAUUGCCACCAGAUCCAUUAUUUGGUUUAAAAGCAAGGUACAACCAGGAUAAGCGUAGCGAUAAAGUCGAUUUGGGUAUUGGUGCUUAUAGAGAUAACAAUGGUAAACCAUGGAUUUUACCCGCUGUUAAGCAAGCGGAACAGAAGUUGAUCAACUCACCUGACUAUAACCAUGAGUAUUUAUCAAUCGGUGGAUAUGAACCAUUCUAUACUAGUGCUGCGAAGGUUUUACUCGGUGACGAGUCAAAAGCUCUUUCUCCACUGAGAAUUGCUUCUCAACAAUCAUUAUCCGGUACUGGUGCUUUACACUUGGCUGGUUUGUUUUUGAAAAAGUUUUAUAUUGGUAAUGGACCUCAGCCAGCUAUUUACUUGUCUUCACCAACUUGGGCUAAUCAUAAACAAGUAUUUGAAACACUUGGUUUGCAGGUCAAGACAUAUCCUUAUUGGCACGCAGAGACAAAAUCAUUAGAUUUAACUGGCUUUUUGAACACCAUAAGGGAAGCCAAACAAGGCUCGAUUUUUCUUUUGCAUGCUUGUGCCCACAAUCCAACUGGAUUAGACCCAACACCUCAACAAUGGGACCAAAUAUUGAAGGAAUUGGACUCGAGAAAACACUUUAUCAUAUUUGACUCUGCUUAUCAAGGUUUUGCUUCUGGUGAUUUGGAAAAAGAUGCUUAUCCAAUCCGUAGAGCUAUUAACGAUGGGUUGGUUUCUCAAUCCCCUAUCAUUAUAUGUCAAUCAUUUGCCAAGAAUGUUGGUAUGUAUGGUGAAAGAGUUGGAGCAAUUCAUUUUAUCUUACCACACGAUGAUGCACAAUUUAUCAAAGCUAUUAAAUCACAAUUGAAUUUAAUGACUCGUUGUGAAAUUUCCAAUCCGCCCGCUUAUGGCGCCAAAAUUGUUUCUGCUAUAUUACAUGAUGAGAAAUUGUAUAAGCAAUGGAAAGAAGAUUUAAAGACAAUGUCUUCAAGAAUUAUUAAGAUGAGACAAACUUUAAGAAAGAAAUUGGAAGCAUUAGGAACUCCAGGCAAAUGGAAUCACAUUACCGAUCAAACUGGAAUGUUUUCAUUUACCGGGUUAACGCCAGGGCAAGUUGAGAAAUUGGAGAAAAAACACGGUGUUUAUUUGGUAAGUAGUGGUAGAGCUUCAGUUGCAGGAUUGAAUGAAGGAAACAUUGAUAAAGUCGCUAAAGCAAUUGAUGAUGUUGUAAGGAAUGCUUCAUCGAAAUUAUGA